AUGAGGAGGAACGACCUGGGGAGACUCCGCGGGGACACGGGGCCCCCAAACCGAGGUGACGGACACCCCACACGGACACGGGGCCCCCAAACCGAGGUGACGGACACCCCACACGGACACGGGCCCCCAAACCGAGGCGACAGACACCCCACACGGACACGGGGCCCCCAAACCGAGGUGAUCCACCCCCCACACGGACACGGGACCCCCAAACUGAGGCGACGGACACCCCACACGGACACGGGGCCCCCAAACCGAGGCGACAGACACCCCACACGGACACGGGGCCCCCAAACCGAGGCGAGGACACCCCACACGGACACGGGGCCCCCAAACCGAGGCGAGGACACCCCACACGGACACGGGACCCCCAAACCGAGGCGACGGACACCCCACACGGACACGGGGCCCCCAAACCGAGGCGACGGACACCGGACACGGGGCCCCCAAACCGAGGUGACGGACACCCCACACGGACACGGGCCCCCAAACCGAGGUGACGGACACCCCACACGGACACGGCCCCCAAACCGAGGUGACGGACACCCCACACGGACACGGGGCCCCCAAACCGAGGUGACGGACACCCCACACGGACACGGGCCCCCAAACCGAGGUGACAGACACCCCACACGGACACGGGCCCCCAAACCGAGGACCCCCAAACCAAGGCGAGUACACCCCACAUGGACACAGGACCCCCAAACCGAGGCGAGUACACCCCACACAGACACAGGACCCCCAAACCGAGGUGACGGACACCCCACACGGACACGGGGCCCCCAAACCGAGGUGACGGACACCCCACACAGACACAGGACCCCCAAACUGAGGCGAGUACACCCCACACGGACACAGGACCCCCAAACCAAGGCGAGUACACCCCACACGGACACAGGACCCCCAAACCGAGGCGAGUACACCCCACACGGACACAGGACCCCCAAACCGAGGCGAGUACACCCCACACGGACACAGGACCCCCAAACCGAGGCGAGUACACCCCACACGGACACAGGACCCCCAAACCGAGGCGAGUACACCCCACACGGACACAGGACCCCCAAACCGAGCCCCGGCAGCCGGGCAGGCCUGGCAGGCCGCGCCCUCGCAGCCAGGCCCCAGCCUCCCCUCGCCACGCCCCGGGUGGCCCGCUGGGCCCCGGCCCUCCCCACGCCCUGCCCGGCCCGCUCCCCGGCCCUCCCCACGCCCUGCCCGGCCCGCUCCCCGGCCCUCCCCACGCCCUGCCCGGCCCGCUCCCCGGCCCUCCCCACGCCCUGCCCGGCCCGCUCCCCGGCCCUCACCACGCCCCGGGUGGCCCGCUCCCAGGUGGCCUCCACCCCGCCCUGCCCGGCCCGCUGGGCCCCGGCCCUCACCACACCCUGCCCAGCCCGCUCCCCGGCCCUCCCCACGCCCCGGGUGGCCCGCUCCCCGGCCCUCACCAUGCCCCGGGUGGCCCGCUCCCUGGCCCUCACCACGCCCCCGGUGGCCCGCUCCCAGGUGGCCUCCACCCCGCCUGUCUUCUGCGAACGGGUCUUCUGGUCUCACCUGAGCGGGGUCCAUGCGCCCAGCCCCCCCCACCCCCAGGCUUCCCAAUGA